GUCCUGGUACGCUGCAAGUUCGUAUUGUCCGUGCUCGAGACUCGUGUCUGUGGGCUAUGUACAGUGUCCUGUGAAAUACCGUUGGAUUACUGUUCUUCUUGAUAUUCCUGCUUUUGUGGAUUACCAUAUACAGGAAAUGACUCGGCCAAGGAAACCACUGGUUAGGGAAGUAAACCCUCAUCUUAUCUGUGUCCUUUGUAGCGGUUACUUUAUCGAAGCCACGACCAUCGUCGAAUGCCUGCAUUCUUUUUGCCGUUCUUGUCUACUGAAGUAUCUCGAGAACAAUAAGUUCUGUCCCAUCUGCGAUGUGCAACUUCACAAAAACAACCCCAUGCUUAGUGUCAGAUGCGACCCUAUCCUGCAACAGCUUGUGUACAAGCUGGUACCUGGGCUGUAUGCUAAGGAGAUGGCUCGAAGACGGAAGUACUACUCCGAGCUUGGUGGUCCUAGCUCGGAUUCGGAGAAUGUGGAGUAUCCAAUCGCCGAUACCUACUUCUCCCCCAGCGAUUCCAUCAGUCUUUCUCUAGAGUUCGUCAGUCAUGUGCCUAAGGAAGAAGAAUCAAGUAAUGAAAGUGAUACUGAAAACAAUGGAGACAAACAGGCGGUUCAUCAUAGAAGAUAUCUGCAAUGCCCUGCUGCUGUUACCAUGUCUCACCUAAAGAAGUUUCUGAGAAUGAAGUACAACUUAGGCCACGACUAUAAUGUUGAAAUACUAUAUUCAGGAGAAGUGCUGAAUGAUGAAUUCUCCUUGAUGGAUGUGGCCUACACGUUUUCAUGGAAUAAGGCUUCUCCGAUGCGCUUUCAGUUUCGCAUGUACCAAAAACCUAGUUCACCAACUAUCGAGAAAAUUGUUGAAAAAGAAGAAUCCGCAGUUGAAAUUCCGGAAACUAUUGAAGAGUCCGUCGAAGAAGCAAUGGAUGAAAAUGUAGAAGAGGUUGCUGAAGAUUCUAUUGAUGGUAUUGGAGAUGAUCAAAACGAUGAUCAAGAAGAAGCCGAUAUGGAGCUAGAAAAGUCUAAACAAGUUGACGAAGAAGAGGAAGAUGAGGAAGAUAUAGCUCUCAAUAAACGUCUCGAGGAUGCUGUUGAAGAAGAAGCAAUUGAAGAAAUCGAAGAAGAUGAAUCUCCGCCUCAGCUAUCUCCACCUCGAGAACCUGUAGUGCCAAAAGAACCAGAGCGACCGAACGGUCUCAAGAGACCUCCAGUUCUUGAAAGUCAUUUAUCAAAAGAACCAGAACCGAAAAAAGCCAAGAGAAGCCCGUCUCCAAAAGUGGAGCCGCUUAGAUUCAAACACGAUGAUAAGCGUUUCUUAGAAGAUAUGAUCGAAGAAGAUACCGAUGAAGAUAGGCUUCACAUAUCUCCUUCGGAGGAGGAAAAGAGUCCAAUACCUGUAUUGGAGCCGGUUGUUGAGGAGAAGCCUAGAUCCGAAGAAAGGAGAAGAGAAAGGAAGAAAAGCAAGAAAGGAAAACAUCAUCAUCAUCACAGGCAUCAUGACAGGAAGAGGUGUGACUCUCCUCCCGCAGCGACCAUUGUUCAUUCUCCUGAGAACGAUAUCAUGAAACUUAAAGUGAAGCUAACAGCCAUCAAAAACUGCAACAACAUGGUGAAAGGUUACAGUGUCGUGGAGGGUGGCAUUGAUGAUAAAAAGGAAUCGAAGGAAAAUGGGCAUUCCACAAAAGCGGAAAGACAAUUAGAGAAGCAGGAAAAAGUUAAAAUGCAAAAAGAAGAGGAACCGCCUAAAAAACCAGAAGUGGUCACUUAUAAUAACAAUAAUAAUAAUAACAAUAAUAAUAACAAUCACAACAAUAAUAAUAACAACAACAGCAACGGCCCUAAUAAUCAUGAAUUCAGCCGCAGAUUAGAGAUCAAUAAAGAAAAACUAUUACAGAUGAGAAAUAUACGGAAAUCUGUUCCAAAACAAAACGGAACAAUGAAGGUGGAGCCUUUGAAAAUGCCUCCAUCGUCUAUAACCGUCAGCAAAAUUACUGCAGCCGAGAAGCGGCAAAUGGAGCAGCAAAAGCUGCUGAUGAACCGCAACAACAGCAACGGGUUGGACCCCAAGAGACCCUCGCUGGAGAUCAUGUUGGUGAACGCCCCGAGGAAGGCCGAGGUACCAGAGGUGAAGCCGGAGGUGAAGAAAGUGAUGAGGCCCACGCCACCAUCGAUCCCACUGUCCCGGCUGCCCAAGGGGACCCUGCCCAAGUCCUCGCCGCCGCCCCUCCGUGCCGUCAAGCCCGCGCACGAGGAGGCCCUCGACCUCUCCGGCAAGUCCUCCAGGAAGUCCCCUGAAGUGGUUCCAGAGCCGCCCACCCUCAAGAUACCCAUGCUCGGCAAGCCUCCGAUGGUCGGCUACGGCUCCGCGAGGCCAUGUAAGCCCAACCAGACCGUACGGCAGAUCCCUAAUCCUUCGGCUCUCCUGUACAGGCAGCACUGUCUCAAUGGACGAGGUCUUCCUCCUCCGGUCGUGCCGCUGUCAUCCCUCAGGCAGAUGGAGUCCAUGACCAAGAAAAUUGAGAAGGUUGCCGCUGGGCUUUCCGUCAAGGCAGCUGCAAGUUAUGCUGCCAAAUAGUGGUGCAGUUACAGUAGAUGUUAAAUUAGUACGUAUUGAACUAGUCCCAAUUCUUUAAAGUACAAAAUUUUCACUGCUAUAGAAUACAUUGUAACUCCGUUUUAAAGACUGUAAAUAUUGUAUAUAAGAAUUGAACUUGUUACGUGUACUUAUAAAGCUUGAACGUCUACCAGAGUCACUUUUCUUUUCCUCUGUAGGCCUAUAUUAUAAGUAAGUAAUGUCGGCUUAAACAAUUUAGGAUUUUAAUUAAAUAUAUAUAUAUAUCGAAUAUAUAUGUAUGUUUUGUAAAUAAACAAAUUAUUGAAUAGAAAAUAUAUAUUGUUAAUGAAUUAGUUAAAGAAAAUUGUGAAUUUAUCUUAUAAAUAUGUAUGUAAUGUGAAGAUUCCGGUUAGGUUUAUGGUUUUGUUGUAUCAUCUUUGAAUGAGACUGAACGAUCGCUACUGAUUGAGAUGAUUUUUUUAAAUUUCUUUGUUCUCUUUUUUUAUUAUUUAAUCAUUUAAGUUAUUAUGUUACUGUUUUUCAGCUGUUGGUUUACUACAUUGAUGCAAUGGUUAUUGUGUUCCUCUUAAUAAAAAAAAAUUAAAAAAAAAAAAGAUCUCAUUUUGAACUUAAACUGAUUAAUUCAAUAUCCCUAAGAUGGAUGAUAGAUAUGCAUUUCUUUGUUUUGUAGUAUGAUACAUGUAGUCUUGUUUAUGUGUUUGUUAUUUAUGCAUAUGUUUAUAUUUUCUGUUGAGUUAAAUGUAUUUUUGUUCCUCUUGUAAAUCCUUAUGUACUAUUUAUCAGGCGUAUAUAUAAGCGUUAUGUAUAUUAUUUUUAAUCAAUGAAUUUUAUUUUAUUUCCUGUAUGGAAUAAUUUCUAUGAUCUAUAAAUUUUAAAUUUCAAAAUGAAUAAUAAACACAAAAAUGCAAACGAUGUCCUAAAAAAAAUACGAACCCACUUCUAAUGUAAUUUCAAAGGUAUUAUUUAAUUAUGUUAAUUUAUUAUAUCAGCACAUCAACAUUGUAUGGAAUUAUUAUAUUUUAAGUUAUGUUGGUAGAAAAAUUCAUAUUAUAUCCCAAAUAAAAAUAUGUUUUUUUUUA